GACUUUUCUAUCUUUUAAUAUAUAGGUCUGUUCCCUUUUUCAUGGCUCAUCAUUGUCUUCAGACAUACGGAAGAUCUCUCGUGUUGAGAAUUUCUACGUCCAGAUGCUGGAAGCGAUGUAUAACCUCAUAUCUAGUAGAUAAUGAACCUUUCAAUAAUUAUGAAGAACACAGAAGAAAGAUGCAAAACUUUACUGUGCCCCAAUACUUCAAUUUUGCAAAAGAUGUCAUUGAUUUCUGGGCUUCUGAGAAUAGUCCCAAAAGUGCCUCUUCUCCAGCCCUCUGGUGGAUUGAUGAUGAGGGACAAGAGAUGAAGUUCAAUUUUCAACAAAUUUCAAACGAAAGCAAAAGGUUGGCUAAUGUAUUAACCAAUCACUGUGGGCUUAAGAAAGGUGAUAUACUUAUUGUCAUUCUUCCAAGAAUCCCAGAAUGGUGGUUUAUAUACAUAGCUGCUAUCAGAGCAGGUCUGAUAGUCAGUUCGGGGACCACACAACUUAGACCAAAAGAUAUUGAACUCAGAAUGAAGUCAUCUGGAGCCAAAUGUAUUAUUACUGACCAGUCCAGUGUCCAAAAUGUUGAAGAGGUCAUCAGUCUCUGUUCAGGAGUCCAGAGCAAGAUCUAUAUAGGGCACAAAUCUGAUACCCCACCAGGAUGGGAGAAUUAUGGGGAAAUAAUGGCAAACUCAACAGAUGAUUUUCAGACAGUGAAAUCUAAAUCAGAUGAACCAAUGACUCUGUAUUUCACCAGUGGAACAACAGGUGCACCUAAAAUGGCUGAACAUACACAUGGAGGUCUUGGGUUUGGACACUUUAUAACAGCUAGGUACAUGCUGAAUGUUUCCCAUGAUGAUGUUGUUUGGAACAUAUCAGACACUGGAUGGGCUAAGGCUGGCUAUAGCAGCCUGUUUGCAACAUGGCUUAGAGGAGCAUGUGUGUUUGCCCAUCAGACUAACAAAUUUGAUGCAAAGGCAUUUUUAGAGAUUUUGGACAGAAAUCGGACCAUCAGCUGUUUCUGUGUCCCUCCCACUGCCCUGAGGCUGAUUGUGAAAGAGGACUUGUCCAGAUACACUCACCUCCGCAAUGUCAAGUGCCUGAGUGCAGGGGAACCUGUUAAUCCUGAGCUUCUGGAGGAGUGGGAGGAGGGGACAGGAGGAGGGAUGGUGUAUGAAGCGUAUGGACAAAGUGAAACAGUAUUCCUAUGUGGCACAUAUCCUUGUAUGAAAAUUAAACCUGGGUCAAUGGGGAAGCCUGCACCUGGGAUAGAUCUAGAGAUUGUUGAUGAUGAAGGCAAGAUUCUGCCAAACAAUGUGGAAGGUAACAUUGGACUGCGAGUAAAACCUCAUAGACCUGUAGGUCUCUUCACAAGAUACGUGGAUGACGAGAACAGGACCAUGUCUGUAUUCCGGGGUAAGUUCUAUAUGACGGGGGACAAGGCCGUCAGGGAUGAUGAAGGUUAUUUCUGGUUUGUUGGCAGAGCAGACGACAUCAUUCUAACAUCUGGUUACAGGAUUGGUCCGUUUGAAGUCGAGAGUGCUCUGAUUGAACACCCAGCUGUCUUGGAAUCAGCUGUUGUCAGUAGUCCCGAUCCAACCAGAGGGGAGGUUGUGAAAGCCUUUGUGAUAAGAACUGAACAUUACAAAUCAAGAGAUGAGAGUGAACUGAGAAAGGAACUGCAGGAACAUGUCAAAUCAAUCACAGCCCCAUACAAGUACCCAAGGAAGAUUGACUUUGUGGACGAGCUACCUAAAACAGUGAGUGGGAAAAUCCGCAGAGUUGAGCUUCGAAACAGGGAAUGGGGAAGAGAUUAAAUGGUUGAUACAUCAAGUCCUGAAUAUCAACAAAAGCUCUGUAUUGACUACUACAAUAUUUUAUGAGGAUAUAUUUAAGCAGUAUUCAUAUCAUUUAAUGAACUUAAAUUUGGCUUCAAAUAGCCAUUGAGUGCAUGUAAUUGUGUUUAACUCAUUAGUAUGUAUUCACCAACAAUGUUUUGUUAAUGUAUCAAAUGAAUCCUCUUGAACAUAAAGCAUGUAAUCAAAUACUCUCUAUUUCUUAAAUCAUUUACAUAUUUUACUAAAUACUCAUUUAAUAUGAAAAUGUAAUAAUGUGAAGUGUUUGUGACAUUCUAACACUGUACAUGGAACAUUGUAAUUAGCAAAAAAGAAAAGAUUAUCUGAAAUUGCAAUAUUUUUGUUAUGAUUAUAAAUAUACAAUAUAUACAGAACAAAAAUGUGAAGAACAUUAAACUAGUACAAUAAUAUUUCAAAUCUAAAGCUGUUCAAUCUUUUUCGGUCUUAUUGAUGUAACACCCCCUUCCCUUAAAAGCAACCAAAUUUAAGCUAUUUUUUGGUGCUGUUACAAAUUUUUUUUAAUAAAACUAAAGGAACAUUCUUUCAGUCAUUCUGUGUGGCAAAGUAUUCUGUUUAUCUAUAAAGGUUGUAACAGAGCAUCAAUUGCUCACAAUUUAAUUUUCUGUAUAUGUUUUUUAAAUUGUGUUUUUUAAAAAGUUUUUUUCAUUUCUUAUCAUUGCAUCAAUAUGAAUGCAUUAGGUUUCAAUUUCUAUUUUGAUACAUACCGUUUAAUGUUAAAAACAUUAUUUUUAUACCGUUCUCAUGUUUGUUUUAUAAUGUGAAUGACUUUAAAAUGCCAACAGUUUUCAUGUUGACAAUCUCUUGGCAUAAAAUGUCAGCGUAUAUAAUGCAGAAAUAUAUAUUUACCAUAUUAUAGUGAUUUUGUAUUUACUUACAAAAUGAAUCCAAGAUUAUGUAACAAGACCGUUUAUAAUAAAUCACAUUAAAUGUACAUGUAUAUGUAAUAAAAUCAGAUUGUUUUU